CGGCGCGGGGCCCGACCUCUGAGCCCCCUCUCGGCCCCCGCCCCGCGCCGCCUGGCUCCCAGUCGCCCCCCGCCCCUGCAGUCCCCGGCCCUUCUCGCACCCAGGCGCCCACGUCUCCCCGCGCUGGGCGGGCCUUGGGCUCGGCGCGCGGCCCCUUCCCGUGGCUCCUCACUCAGGGCCUUGCCUGACCCUCUCUCACCCCCACGCUCUCCGUGCACUCCGGGCCGGGCUCUGGCCCGCCGCCUCCCGGGCCUCCCGCGCCCGGGGCCUUCCUCUGACAGCUCUCCCUGCACCCUAGUCCCCUCCCCGACCCCGCUCAGCCAGGCCUCACCCUGGUCUGACGCUCCAGGCCCUUCCGGGGCCCUCAGAUCUCCCUCUGAACCUCCACCUGCCCUUCCCCUGGACCCUCAGUGCCUUCCCACGCUUCUUCGUGGGACCCCGGACAUUCCCUAGCCUCCUGCGAGCAUCCAGACUUCCCAAACCAGAUGAGCAGACUGCAGGGCCCCCCAGUGUCCCAGGUGGCUUCUGAGUGGCUCAGGGCACGCCCCCCACCCACAGCUCUGUGGUGCCCUCGUGGUCUGCCAGAGGCAGCAUGGUCCAUGCAGCACCAUGGGGCCCGACAGAGUGACAGCCCGAGAACUGUGUGAGAACGACGACCUGGCCACCAGCCUCGUCCUGGACCCCUACCUCGGCUUCCGCACCCAUAAGAUGAAUGUCAGCCCUGUGCCCCCCCUGCGGCGACAGCAGCACCUGCGCUCAGCACUGGAAGCUUUCCUGAGGCAGCGGGACCUGGAGGCUGCAUACCGGGCCCUGACGCUGGGAGGCUGGAUGGCCCACUACUUCCAGAGCCGGGGCCCACGGCAGGAGGCUGCCCUCAAGAUCCACGUCUUUCGCUACCUCCGCUCCUUCCUGCCCGAAAGCGGCUUCACCAUCCUGCCCUGCACCCGCUACUCCAUGGAGACCAAUGGGGCCAAGAUCGUGUCCACGCGUGCUUGGAAGAAGAAUGAGAAGUUGGAGCUGCUGGUAGGCUGCAUCGCAGAGCUGCGGGAGGCAGACGAGGGGCUGCUGAGGGCGGGUGAGAACGACUUCAGCAUCAUGUACUCAACUCGCAAGCGGAGCGCACAGUUGUGGCUCGGCCCGGCUGCCUUCAUCAACCACGACUGCAAACCCAACUGCAAGGGACCAGAAGAAGACAGGAUGCAGGAGGUGCUGGUCAUUUGGCCUGGAGACCAUCAGUUUGUGCCUGCAGAUGGGAACACGGCUUGUGUGAAGGUACUGCGGGAUAUUGAGCCAGGGGACGAAGUGACAUGCUUCUACGGUGAGGGCUUCUUCGGGGAGAAGAAUGAGCACUGUGAAUGCUACACCUGUGAGAGGAAAGGCGAGGGAGCUUUUCGACUGCGGCCCAGGGAGCUGGAGCAGCCACCACAGCCCCUAGACAAGUACGAGCUCCGGGAGACCAAGCGACGGCUACAGCGAGGCAUGGACGGCAGCCGGCAGAACCUGCUGGGCUCUCGGGCCUGUCCCCAUCUGUCCUCACUGCACUGGGACCCAUUUUGUGCUGCCUGUCAGCCCCUGCACCUGCCGCCCUGCAGCCCCCGCCUGGACGUCUCACCCCUCUGGCUCCAGUGGCUGCCCAAGCCCCAGCCUCGAGUGCGCCCCCGGAAGCGCCGACGCCCUCAGCCCCGUCAGGCCCCUGUGCCCCCCACUGUCCGUGCUGCUUACAUCUCCCUGCACCGAUGGGGAGGCUGUGGCCCCCACUGCCGCCUGCGGGCUGAGGCCUUGGUGGCUCUGGACCUGCCCCCUCGCACCCACUGGGCCCCCCAGCAGGACUGGCACUGGGCCCGGCGCUACGGGCUGCCUUAUGUGGUGCGUGUGGACCUUAACCGUCUGGCCCCUGCCCCACCAGCCUCCCCUGCCCCAGCCGGUACCCUCGGCCCCAUCCCCAUCCCGAAGCAGGCCCUUGCCUUCGCCCCCUUUUCCCCACCCAAGCGCCUGCGGCUGGUGGUCAAUCAUGGCUCCAUUGACCUGGAUGUCAAUAGUGACGAGCCAUGAUGGGUCAGGCAGGAAGGCCAGACUGGGUAGGAGAGGUCUCUCUCCUAGGCUCCCCACCAGACCCAGAAGGAACCUCUUGAGAAGGAGCUGACCUUUGACUCCAGCACAGUUCUGACCCUGGGAGGGGGUUGGUUAGGUCAUACCCAGGGAUCUGAUCCCUGACCUUCUGACCUUCUGUGACUGCUACCCUGAGCCAGCCCCACCCAGCAGUGAGCCCUGGCCAUUUGCUGCCCUUGCCCCACUCAGGACCACAGGAGCCAUCCCCUUCCCUCAGCCCCUCCACCCCAGGGAGUGAAGCCAUAAGGGGAUGGGGACCACUCCAUGGCAUCUCCCCAGAAGCCCAGGCCUCAUGAGGAGGUGGAACUGACUCGGGGUGACCCUCCUAGAGACUGCCCCAUGAUGGGGAGUAGAUGUGCUCCUGGCUCUGCAGCUGUCUGAGGUCGGGGCAGGUUGGGGUGGGUGGUGUCUGGGGCUCAUCCUCCUCACCACCCCCACAGGUCUCAGGGAGGCCAGGUGCGACCUCAUCUUUCUCAUGGUGCUAUCCCUGGUGCUACUGGGGUGUGGGAGCCCCUCCCCUCCCCACACCAGAAUGGAGUAUGUUGGGGGAUUGGAAGCACUUGAACUUUUUAUUUUAUUUUAUUAAAAACCUUGUUAUAAGCAGUA